AUGCCCACAACGCACCCACAGGUAUCUCGGUUUUGCUGGCAGAACCUGCAGCUGGAACAGACUCCAAUUUUCCCAGAUCCCGAACUGCUUCGCGAAGAAGAGGUUCAAGACACCAUAUAUCAACGAGUCUUUAGCGACGCCAUUGCCUCACGCCCCCCACUGCGGUACCAGGUCAAAGUCCUGAAAGAGUUGAUCACCAGGAUCGAAUCGGCCAUUGAAGACUGGGAGCGACAUGGUAUUUCGGAUAGCCUCACUUUCGCGCUGUCGCAGCUCCUUUCCCAGCCGUUGCCGUCCGAGAUCUGGUCUGCGCAGCAGAGAAGCCAUGUGGUGUACCACCUUUCCCUUCUCCAACCCUCCAUGACACCAGACCCAGCGUACAUCCAGCUUCUUGAGUCGCGAUCGCUCAUCUCGGGAUCGGGAACGACCGGCCUCCGUACUUGGGAGGCGGCCUUGCAUCUGGGGCAGUACCUUUGUCUCGACCCAUCUCUGGUGAGGGGCAAGCGUGUGCUUGAGUUGGGCGCUGGGACAGGCUACCUGGCGGUGCUUUGUGCCAAGUAUCUCGACUCGCAUCAUGUGAUCGCGUCGGACGGCUCGGAUGAGGUGGUCAAUCACUUGGCUGACAGCGUGUUCCUCAACGGCCUCCAGGGCUCGUCGAAGGUCUCGGCCAUGCAAUUGAAAUGGGGUCACGCUUUGAUUGCGGGCGAGCUCGACGAAGAGUUUAUGGGCUUGGAUACGGUUGUGGGCGCUGACAUUACGUACGACGCAAGUGUAAUCCCGGUUCUGGCUGUGACUCUCCAGGAGCUUGUGAAUCUUCGCCCAGGGCUGUCCAUUCUCAUUGCGGCGACGGAAAGGAACCGGGCGACAUUCGAGAGCUUUCUCCAGGUUUGCGAAAAACGCGGGUUCCACCAUCAAACCGCCAAGAUGGCUGACACCGACUCUCCCGUUACCCUGCGGACUCGCAAGUUCAUUCGCAACCCCCUGCUUGGCCGCAAGCAGAUGGUGGUUGACAUCCUCCACCCCAACCGCGCCAACAUCUCCAAGGAGGAGCUCCGCGACAAGCUCGCCGGUCUCUACAAGGCCCAGAAGGACCAGGUCAGCGUGUUUGGCCUCCGCACUCAGUUCGGUGGCGGCAAGACCACCGGUUUCGCUCUCGUCUAUGACUCCCCCGAGGCGAUGAAGAAGUUCGAGCCUCACUACAGGCUAGUCCGCGUCGGCCUGGCCACCAAGAUCGAGCGCGCGAGCAGGCAGCAACGCAAGCAGCGCAAGAACAGGCAGAAGACCCUCCGUGGCACGGCGAAGGUCAAGGGCCCCAAGCCCAAGAAGGAGAAAUAA